AUGAAGUACAUCUCCCUGGCGCUAACCCUCUUUUGGAACUAUCUGGACGUGUUCAUCAUCCUGUCGAGUUUGGCCAUCGCCACCCGCUUCGAGCAGAUCAACACGCAUCUGGAAUCGAUGCUCACGGGUGACAACGUGCUGACACCGAAUGAGCCAUUUUGGGUCCGGAUCCGGAACCAUUACGUGGUGGUGUGCGAGCUGCUCGACGAGGUGAACCGUGUCAUUUCGUGGAUUAUGCUGAUAUCAUGCGCUACCAAUUUGUACUUCAUCUGUCUCCAGAUACUGAACGUCUCGCAGAAGCUACGAUAUGUGAUGAAUGACAUUUACUACUGGUUUUCGUUGCUGUUCCUGAUUGCCCGAACCGUGACGAUGUUUCUGAGUGCUGCCCACAUUCACGAAACUGCCAAAAAGCCCCUUGACAUAGUGACGAGAAUUCCGAACUCCGGCUGGUGUGUGGAGCUGGAACGUUUCGCAACGCAGCUUAAAAGUGAAACGGUGGCCCUUUCUGGGAUGGGAUUUUUCGACGUCACCCGCCAAUUGCUGUUCUCGAUGGCUGGCACAAUUGUAACGUACGAGCUGGUCAUGCUCAAAUUUGACCGGCUAUCCGUCGGCAAAGGAUACAUCCGGCCCUGUUCGUACUUUGAAAUCGAGAAAAGUUGGCUCAGCUGAAGGAUUCCACACCCCGCAUUCAUUCUUUCAGCCUCUGGAAACAACUCGCCGCAAUAAAAUUAAUAAUAAAUUGUCUUCAAGGAAACGGUGCGUCAGCUUACUAAGUUCAUCGAAUGUGAGCGUCUACCUACUGUUAGAAUUGACCGAAUCUCCGACACUUUGUAACAGUUGUAAGUUGUGUUGUGUGCUGAAAAUUUAUUUCUAUUGCUCAUGCUAGUUCAUGAGCCUAAGAGGCGAUGACAAAAAAACUAAAAAAAAACACUUGUUGAUACCGGUUUUUAAUUUUCAAAUGAGAGGAGAAGACGACAGUGAAGAAGAUCCUCACAAAACAUCAGCAUCGUCAACACGAACGCUAUUGGAAUUGGCUAUCUUUUAUUAGUGGCAUCGAUUGACCUUAAACCCGUCGGCAGUCCGGCCAAAAAGUGGCCCCCAUCGACGUAUAGUUGGUACCUAUUUACCUGUUAGCCGUUUGACCGUUUACGCUACUCAACAAACCCCGACAUAUCGCACAGAUUCGUGCACGCAAUCUGCAUAUCGUUUCUAGAUUUCAAAUGAGUAGGGGACAUAGGGGUAUUUGGUGCAAUAACAACAGGUGUAACUAUCUAAAGAAUUGUGAAAAACGUGAAAAACUUGUUCUAUCGAGUUUGUAAAUUCAAGAAGUUUAAUAGAAUUUAAGGAUUUUUUUGAUGUUGUAAUAAAACUGAAUGUUACUAGUAGGUAAAA